GUUUAGUAAAAAAUUUCUUCUUCUCCAUCGUCGUUUAUUUAGCUACUUCAUCGAUCAAUAACGAUCAGUUGUGAAGAAAGAGGUUUUGAUAAUGGCGAACGUCGUAGCUCGAGACGUAGACGAAGAACUCUCUCUGUUCCUGGAGAUGCGAAGGCGCGAGAAGGUUCAAAACGUUUCCUCUCUCUCAGAGCCUGGAGCAAACAGUUUUGACGAGACUACCACAGAGAGUUUAGUGUCAACAACUACGAGAUACGUUCAUCUGCGUAGGAGUGCUAUUGAGAAGUUUUUGGACUCUGAGAACAACAAAUCAGAUUAUGAGUGGCUACUUGCGGCUCCAGAGACGCUAGGUGAGAAAGAAGCGAAAGAGAACUCUAUGGUUAAGCUCAAGCAGCCUAAAGCAGCUAGGUCCUCCACUGCUCUUAAACCACGGGUUGAGAAUAUUCAGCAGGAGCCUGUGAAGUUCAGCGUUAAGGCUUCCAAGCAAAUCCCAAGAUUGGAAUCUUCAACAACUGUUAGCAAACAAUCUGAUAACGCCAUUGCAGAACCAAAAACAAAAAGUAAGACUUCAAGGCAAGCCACAUUAUCUGCCACAAGACCAACCAACUCUGCUUGUAGGGCCUCUACAAUCAAAUCAAACCCACGAGCAUCCCGUUCAUCCUCUGUGGGGAAGUCAGCUCCUACUGCUGCUAAGUCUACGUCUUUAACAAUCCGGCAAAUACCAGCUAGACCAGUCUCAGCUUCGAGAGGCAGAGUCUACAGUUCUGCUGGCAGAUCAACCGGACGGUCGUCCAAGAUAAGCGACGAUGAUGUGAAUCCUGUUUUGAUGGGGACUCAAAUGGUGGAAAGAGUGGUGAACAUGAGGAAACUGCCACCUCCAAAACAUGAUGACAACAACAUGAAGGGAUUCGGGAGAACUCUCUCUAGGUCGUCUCUUGAUAUGGCCAUGAGGCACAUGAACAUAAAGCGUAGUGUUCCGGGGAAUCUACGGGUAACAAGCAAUGCAACAAACUCAAUGGACAAGGAGUCAUCGCCAUCCUCUUACUGCCUUGAUAUGCCAGCAUUCUAGUUAAUGAAAUUCUCUGUUAACUUUGCAACAACAAUCUUAUGGAAACUACGUAUUCUUAGCAUAAAAAUAGACGUUACAUAUCAUAUUUUGAACUUAUAUUAUUAGAGAAUCG